AUGACGACCUCAUUUCCUCUUCUCCGUCUUCCGUACCCCGUGCUUAAGCUUGUCCUGGAACAAAUGAAAUUUGUAGAAAGAAUUGUACUUUCUCUUCUCUCCAAACGUGCCAGAAUGUUCUUGAAACUUCUCAAAAUGAAGUGUAAGUAUAUCAAUUUAAUACUGGAUAGUAGCAGUAUCAAGAUGAACGUAUUUUUUGAUAAUAGUAAAGAAUUGAAAGUGGAUAUUUUGAUCCUUGAAUACCCAGAAGUAUAUUUUAAAGAAGUAUAUUUUAAACAUGAAUACGAUUACAUCGCUUGGCGGCCCUGUGCACUACCUCCAUUGGACUACUUCCUUCCGAUUAUGGACGUCACUCACUGCAAGUCGAUUAAGCAGUUCAUAAUUGUUGAAUUACCACAAAUCGGUAUUUUACUUGGAAAACUUACAAGACUCCUUGCGAAGCUUCCAGAAAUUGAUGAAGUUGUUGCUCAGAACACCUACCACAGCUCUCCGGACUCACCGCUAAUAAAAGUUCUGAGAAUGGUUUUACCAGUAUCUUCAGCAGUUACUGUUUCUUACCACGCCCUAAAACCCAAAGACUUCCGAGAAAUUUUCAAAGGAAAUUUUGACGCCGUGACUUUAAAAAAAUUUAGGGACAGGGUCAUGCCAAAUCACGGCAUGAAGUUUUCUCUUAAUGAUUUGAAGAUGACGAACGUUAAGUCAUUGGAGCUUCCAGGUCCGGUCUUCACAUUAGAAGAUCUAAACCGUUAUUUCAAGUUGUGGAUGAAAAAACAAUGUAAUCCUCGACUGGAAUAUUUGCAAGUGGCGAUGAGAUGGGUAGGCAGUGAAGAAAUAAAUAUCCUUCUAAAAGGGCUCAACGCUGUUCAAGUUCCCAUUAGAACAGAUAGAACAUUAGGAAAUAUAAAACAGUUCAUUUCGGAGGUUGAGGAUGAGAUGCUCAUUUCUGAAAUCGAUAUAACAAGAGCCGACGAGAAAACAGCAACAAUCCGAAUUUCAAAUUAUGGAACGGUUUGUUUCUACGUUUGGCUAGAAUCUACUAAUCUUGAGCAAAAUUAG